GUUUUUAUCCCGCAGCUUUAAAACCCGGGUCCUCCUCAGACCUGGAUCUAUCUCACAGCCUCAGCAGGUCACGGUGACCUCUCCUCCUCCUCCUCUUCUUCAUCUUCAUCAUCAUCUCCUUCUUGUUCUUCUUCUUCUUCUUGUCUCCACACUGACUGUCAGAGUUCUCCUCAUCAUCAUCAUGGGUCUUCGCCUCCUCCUCUGCGUGAUCUCUCUCCACCUCUGCCCGUCUCUGAUGGCCGAGGCUCGGAUCACCAAACGUUUCGCCAUCGGCUGUCCGGAGAAGUGCGACAAGUCCGCGUGCGCGCCGAUCCCCGCCGACUGUCUGGCCGGUGACGUCCUGGACCGGUGCGACUGCUGCCCGGUGUGCGCGUCCGGAGAGGGCGAGCAGUGCGGCGGCGCCGGGGACCGUGAGUGCGCGGAGGGCAUGCAGUGCGUGGUGACCGGCGGCGUGGAGGUGUCCGCCACCGUCAGACGGAGAGGCGGCACCGGGCUGUGCGUGUGCACCGGGUCCGAGCCGGUGUGCGGCAGCGACGGCGUCUCCUACCGGAACAUCUGCGAGCUGAAGCGGGUCAGCAACCGGGCCAUGAAGCUGCAGCAGCCGCCGGUGAUCUUCAUCCAGAGAGGGGCGUGCGGGAAGGGAGAGAAAGGUGAGUGAGUGAGAGUGCGUGAGAGAGUGAGAGAGUGAAGGUGUGGAGGGGUGAGACAAAAACAGAGAGAGGUUUACUCAAACAGGAGAAGAGAUGGAGGACAGAAGACAAAAACAGUCACAGUCCUCUCAUCACAGAAAACAGCAGAAAUGAUAAAUAGGGGAGACUAGGGCUUGUUGUCACAUGGGUAAAUUGUCACAUUGUAAUUAUCUUUGCCACUAGAGGGCGCAACUAAAAAGUGGAACACUAGUUUUCUUCCUUUACAUGGUCAGGGGUCAGGAUGUAAGGAUUAGCGGUAAAAUGAUAAACCGCAGUAAAAUGUCUGACGGUCAGUACGACCGUUUCAGACUUUAAUGACCGUUAAAACCGUGUUUGAUCGCCGCACUCUGGAAACCUCACAGUGACUCUGCUCAAUGCUGAGAAGAACAGCGGCAUUCACAUUGUACAGUGUACAACUUGUAAAAAUGGCGGAGGACAGUUCUGCGGGCAGUUCUGUCGACCAUGUUACAGAGAUUUUUCUGCUGUCAGAGGAAACGAAGUCUGAAGUCUGAAGUCUGGACAUAUUUCAGCUUCUCCAAAAGGUCAUGAGGGUUGUCAGGAAGCUUUUGUUCAUCCCAGCGACCAGCGUGUCAUCAGAGAGGUUAUUCAGUGUCAGCGGGAACAUCGUUUCAUCUGCCAGAUCACGACUCAAACUAGACAAAGUAAAUCUGCUGAUAUUUUUACGUUUCAGUCUGAAGUAAAGAACAAAGUCAGCAGGAGAAGAAAACAGACAAUCGGUUCAUCUGAUUAUUUUACAUAUUUGAAGUUAUUUUAAAGAGCUGAACUUCACAUCUGUUCACAUGAGGUCGUAUCAGAAUCAGACUGACUUCCAUAAACAUGAACCUUCUCUGUAACAGGAGGAGCUGAUGUUCUGUUUGGAGAGGAUGGAGGGGGUUUGUCAGGAUGACCUUUGACCUCUGAGUGACUCUGGAUUUAAGAACAGAGUUAAGAUUAUUCAGACUCACAAAGUUUCACAAUAUUUCAGCUCAGUUUAUUUUCAUCUGUGGUACUGAGAUUAAACUGAGAUUAAACUGAGAUUAAACUGAGAUUAAACUGAGAUUAUCAAACCAACAUGUGAUCGAAAAGGUUCAAAUGGACUCGAUCAAAGAGAGUAAAACAUUUGAAGAAGCUUUUUGUCAACGUUACAACACCUUAAUCUCCUCAGAUUAAAUAAUCUCUGGCAUGAGUGUGUGUGUGUGUGUGUGUGUGUGUUAGGUUUGAACUUGAAUGACCUCAGCAGGAGGAAACACACUCUUUUACUCCCCCCCCUCCUCUACAUCACGGUCAGCUGAUUGUCAAACACACGUCCACAUGAUCCUUCAGGGUCCUCCACAUGUUCUUAGAGCAGAUGUUGGAUCCGUGGUCCUGAUCUCCUCCUCUCCUCCUCUGUCGCUGUGAUGAGACUGGAAUCCGAUUUUCUCUACCAUGUAACCAGCGUAGUCGGAGUAUGACGCCACGCCCCCGUAACCCCGUAACAAACCCCCAGAGUAGAGGAGUAGCGUUGGUCUCCUCUUUAGAAAAAGUAGCGCGUCCAUCAUGUCGGACAAAAACAACGCUGUACGAUGCUCCAUCUUCUUGUUUCUCCAAAAUGCCCAGCAGCAGUUGUAGACACUUCUGACGUCUGACACCGACCUGCUGUUGUUGUUGACGGUUGGAUGGGGUCGGAAACAGCGCCGCUGAAAAGACCCAUAUCUCCCCCUAGUGUUGGGGAGGAGGACACGUUCACAUCAAUAAUUCAGUUUUCUCAGCUGCAUGUAAAUGAGGACAAGGAGAGAAGUCUGAUUCAGAGAAAAAGACGAGUUAUGAGUUUAGUCCAAUUAAACUGAGACUGUAAACAACCUGAGUGAAACACACACACACAGAAACACACACAGAAGCACAAAUAGAAACACACACAGAAACACACACACACACACCGUCUUGUGUUAUCUUUCCAAGGUCAUGAUGUCUUGAAGUCGGGCCAGGAUUUCCUGAGUUCUGCAAAAACAAACACUGCUCCCCGUGAGAGAGAGUGUGUGUUCAUGUUCAACACUAAAUAUGCUCACAGUCCUCUCUCUCACACACACACACACACACACACACUCACACACUCUGUGGAGCUGCAGCUGUGAACACAUGAAUAUGAGGACUAACUUUGAGACCUGGGUUCACUCAGGUCAGAGUGUUUCUCUCUCCUGUUCUCUGACUCAGCUCUCGCUCCGCUCUCGUCUGUAACGUCCUCCUCAGACUCAGAUGUGGGUCAAACUCUUCUUCUCUAACCCAGAUUUGAUGGUUUGUUGUUUUUCGCUCACGUCUUUGUUUUUUCUGCUUCCUGUUCAGACCUGAGUGCGCUCUCUCUCAGACUGACAGGUUUGGAAACAAAAUCAACCAAACACAGCCGGGCCGUGACUCAGCUCUGACAGGAACCGGAGGAAUUUCCUCCCAGUUCAGGCUCGUCGUGAUCCUCAUCAGAUCUCACAAUAAAAAUAUGAAACUAAAAAUGUUCAGAGAUGUUUGAAGACCCUCACCUCCGCCCACCUGCUGCUCUGACCUCUGACCUCCGCUCAUGUUGUCCUGUUACCUCCACCUGCAGAGGUUUUCCUCCGUCUGACUGACUCCAUUCACUUCACUUCAAAGCUGCAGCAGCUGCACACACACACACACACACACACACACACACACACACACACACACACACACACACACACACACACACACACACACACAGGUAAACACAGCUGAGGCUGAAGUGAACGUUCAGAACAAACAGCUGUUCAGUCAGAACCUCAGCGGCGGCGGUCUGAGAGGAGGACUACAGAAAAACAUCAGUGUCAGCCAAUCAGAGAGAGCCGGGGGCGGGACAAAGUAUUUUUAAUAGAAUAGUUUAAUUUAUCAUAAUAUGUAUAAAAUAAUCUUCUUCUGUAAGUCUGGUCCACUCCGCCUCUCCGCUCUGAUCUGAGGCUGAACGGCGGCGGCGGCGGCGGCAGGAAUGAGCUCAGGGCUUCACUGCGAUGAUAAGAUCUGCAAAUAUGUGAGGCGUAUCAGCCGAGAGACGGAGCGCACCAGAAUCCUGCAGAUCCCUGACCCGAGGACUUUCUCUGACGUGUCUCCACCGGUCCUCUGAACUUUAGAUAUAAAGACCGGAGCAGCAGGUUGAGAGUUUUUUUACAUGAAGAACAGUCGCUCUGAUUUAUGGCCGAGAUUACCCUCCAUACUUCAUCUGUUCUCAUCCAUCCACCCUGAACCUCCACCCUCACAGACCUUCAGUCAACAAAGGUCUUCAUGGAGCAGGAACACGUCUCAAAGUGGACUGAGGACUUCCUGAGGUUUUCUUUGGCACCUUAAUCCAAAAACACUUCACUGAACAUCAGGCUGGUUUUUGGUUUUUGGUUUUGUGGUUUUUAAAGUCUGAGCUGCCAACAGAGGUCUGAACCUGAAACUGAGAGAAGAAGUGAUGAAGGUUCAACUUUUCAGCUUUUCUAAAUGUUUGUAAAUCCAGGAAAGAGUCAAAUCAGGAAAAACUGUUUGAACUCAAUAAUCGGCAGAUUAAUUAACGACAUUUGGACAUUAUUGACAUGAACGUUAUCUUUCCCAUCAGCCUGUAACAGAACAGAGGUUCUGUCACCUUCUUAUCUUUCAUCAUAAAUCACAUUCAGCUUCAUCUUUGCUGAGAUAUGGAACCACACUUAGACCUCUCUACUCGCUCAGAAACUGACCUCCAGAUUUCUUCUUCCUGUAGUUCAAACGUUUCCAAAAACCUUAUGUACGUUAGUUUAAACAUGAGUGAGUUUGAUGGUUUUGGAAAAUGUGGAACCAGGUCGAACCCUCGUCACUUUUCACAGCAGGUGAGCUCAGAUUUACACCUACAGCUUCUGAGGCGAGCGUCUAGCAGAGUUACUCCCAAUUUCCAACGCAUCCUGAACGGCGGCGAUUUUUGCCAUCUGCCAAUUCCUACCAGAUCCAUUUGUGAAGCAAAUUUCGUAGCAAUCUCACGAUAACAAGUUGUCUCUAUAAAGACAGACACAUAGACAUAUAAGCAGUAGAUUAUGUCCUUCCAAAUCUACUUCUAGACUUCUAGAAUCAGCAUCUCCUCAUCCAUCCGUAUGAACUCAAAGUGAACAUUACCGGUUUGGUUGACGUUCCUAAAGCUCCUGAAGGUCGGAGUCUUUCGCUCGGACUCUCCUGAGGUUGAGGUCCGUUCAUCUGUCGCCGCCGUGUUUACAUUAGACGGGUUGUUCAGUGAUUGUCGGAGGUUUGAUGGUAAACAAACGGACUCUGUUUAAAGUCUGUGUGCUGUUCUGACGUCAGCCCGCUUUGAGAUGUUCAGGGAGUAUCUCUGCAGGAUGGCGUGGGCGGUUCUGACUGAAGCGGGUCCGAACAGCUGGAGUGAAACCAAACUCGGGUUAUGUAAGGCGACAGUGAGGGUUACUCAUGUUUGCUCUCUCUGAGUCACUUCCUUUGUUUGAGAAGUCUGAAGAGGAGCGGAGGACGCUCUGCAGCUGCUCUCAGACCUUCAUCUCCAACAUCUGGAUCUGUUUACCUCAGCAGAUACAGUCUGGGUCCGAUCACAGAGACACCGGCGUCAGAUACAGUCCAGGACACUCAGUCAAGAUAAACAGACAAGAUCGAUGAUCCUUUUCCAACAGGAGAGUUUGAGGUUUUUAUGGAGGUGUAGAAAGAAGAGUCCUGACAUGAUGGAACGUUCUCAGAUCCAUCUGGAGACCUGAACUUCAUCCUUCUUCAUCAGGAGACUCACGCUGCUCUGUUUUCACUCCUGCAGGUCAGCAGGACCCCGACAGCCUCCGCUACAAGUACAACUUCAUCGCCGACGUGGUGGAGAAGAUCGCACCUGCUGUCGUUCACAUCGAACUUUACCGCAAGUAAGAGAAAGAUCGUAAACGUCCAUGACACCGUUGAGUUGAGAUGUUAUCUUCGUGUGUUUAGGAUCAAGUUUUGAUGUCUCCUCCUUCUGCUCAGGAUGGUUUUCACCAAGAGGGAGGUGGCGGUCGCCAGCGGCUCGGGGUUUGUGGUAUCAGAGGACGGACUCAUCGUCACCAACGCCCACGUGGUCGCCAACAAACACCGAGUGAAGGUAAAGAACCUGCAGGGAGAAGAGAGACGGACGUUUCUCUCCAUCCUCUCUGAAGACGGUCGAACUAAAAGAGCGUCUUUUUCUUGGGUGGAGACGGUGUCGUUGGUUCUGAGGAGGAUCUCUGUGUGUUUGUGUCUGUAGGUGGAGCUAAAGAGCGGAGCAACAUUCGACGCCAAGAUCAAAGACGUGGACGAGAAGGCCGACAUCGCUCUGAUCAAGAUCGACGCUCCGGUGAGUAAAAAGAGACGAACAGACGGUUCUGAUGUCUUCUUCUUCUUCAGGAGUCUUUGCUGAUCAGGAUGGAGACACUGUCCGUCUUCUUUCCUUUUGUCAAAGUUUCCUCCAGACAGUCUCCUCUCUUCUUCUUCUUCUUCUUCUUCUUCUUCUUCUUCUUCUUCUUCUUCUUCUUCUUCUUCUUCUUUCCUGGACUUUAACUUCCAGAACCAGUUCAGGUAUUUUUCCCUGAGUCAGUUCAUGAAUGGAAAGGUUGGUUUUAAUCCCGGCUCAGAGAGGAGAACAUCUCAGCAGACUCAGAAAAACUCGGGUCAGGAGACGGAGGAACGUUUUCAUGUGGUUUUUGGGUUUUUGUUGUUCUGAAGAACUUUGUCAGAUCGGAUCAGAGAUGAUUGGACCCGUGGGUUUUCCACAGAGAGACAGAACUUCAGAAGAGCUGACGACACAAAUCCAACGUCCCGAUGGUUAAAGGAGCAUGUCGUCCAUCUCCUCUAAAGAGACGUCAUCAGCUGUUUACAGUCAGAGUUAAAGGGAUAGUUCACUGUUUUUCAGCAGGUUCUCUUUAAGAGUUAUUUUCUCACCAACAGAGGGUCCCUGUCAGUCUGGGAAACCUUAAGUGAGGUUAUUAACCUCCACAGAGGAGGUCAGCUCCACCUCCUCAUUAAACCCGAUUUAAGACAGUCCCACCCAAACCACCAAGAGAGACCAUUCAUUCAUUCAUUCAUUCAUUCAUUCAUUCAUUCAUUCAUUCAUUCACGCACUAAUCCUGGACAUGACCCACGUCUCUGCAGAAUAAUCAGCUGAUUGGGUCUAAAAUGUCACUUAUAUAUAUAGUUGAUGACUCACACGUCGGGGGUUAAUCCUGUUUAACCCUCGAACACGAUCACUAACAUUAGUAACACCAUCACUGUCACGAUCAGGUGAUUUUUACCUGAAAUAAUAAACCCAAGAAAAAGUCAUUUUCUGACUUUAGUUUGGUCUGACUGUCAUCUCUGUGGAAAUCUACUUAAAGUUCAGGUUAUAACCUCAGAAACUUUAAAUAUUGAACUUUAUCAUUUUAAAAUAAAGACCUGAAAGAAUCACGGUGGAUCUGCAAAUCUGCAACGAGAGAAAACAGGAGAAAAUGAAAGGAAAUAAAGUCCAUCUGUGUCUGACAGAGACCAGACUCAUGAUGUAACCUUUAAUCUGGAGUCCAUCUUCUCAUUAUUAUCAUCAAAAACAGAAAACCUCCUGAUCUUCUAAUCGUUCAGUUUGAUAAUUGAAGAUCAGAUUUCUUCUUCUUCUCUGGUUUCUGACUCUCUGAUCUCGUCUGUGUUCGUCGGUGACUCCAGGUGUGUUUUUAAUGAGAGAAACUUCCUCUGAGGACGAAAACAAACUCACUCACACUCAGCCUGUCGUGUUUUUGUGGAAUGUAGGUCAAGAUUUCUGAUCAGAUGGAUGUUCCCGCUUAUGUAAGACACGUAUGGAAAGAAAACAUGUUUUCACUGAAGCAGGAAUUUCCCAUGAUCUCAUCCUGAUCUGACAGAUCCUUCGCCGUGGUGAUUUUUCCGCCUCCGUGUUGUCAGCGCCGUUAGAAAACUGCGAUUAAAGAGCCUCAUGAAGGUCAGAUGAAGAUUAGACGUGAUGUUUGAUCGGCAGAAUGAGAACAGCAGCAGGAUGUGAGUUCAUGUGCGAGUGAGCGUGGUUUUCCCGGGCCUGUUUGGGCGAGGCGGCGGCGGCGGCUUCAGGGGAUGAAAUCCUAAAAAAACCCACAAACUGCUGAGCAGUUGUGGUUCGGUUUACAUGAACACAGAAACCAAAACAGGAGAGUGAUUCUGACUUAGAGCUCCCCACCCAAACGAGCCGACGAAACACCCACUGACAGGAAACAGCUUCUGUUCGUGGUCACGGGACAGUUUUCUUAUUAAGUUUAAAAAGUGAGUUUAAGUUUUAAAAUAAGACGAAAUGAAGCAAAAACAGAGAGUAUGGAGAGCAAAAGCAGGUGGAGCAUAAAACAGCGCUGGAAUAACGAGCAAAUAUAAGGACAUCUAUGUUUCUUUAUUAUAUCUAAACUGAGAGUCUGAUCUAGAACUGCACAUCUACAAUCAAGAAACAUUUUCUUCUCUGUUUGAGGUCCGACCUGAAAAACUUUGACAUCUAUCAUGUCUGGUUUUGUCUCUGAGGGCGUCUCAGUCCUGGACUCCAGGGUUUUUAGGAAGUCUAGAUAGUUCUCAAAACAGAUCUAUACCUCCAGAUCCUCCUCACUCCGAUCGUCGUUUUUCAUUUUGAAGGAAUCUUCUCCCGCUUUUCCAAACUUCUCUGAGUUAUUAAAGGUAAAGUAGGAUCAUAGAAACCCUGUUCAGUUAAAUGUGGAGUCGGCAGGAAUCUGUUAAAGAAUCUGGUUUUUUUUUGUGGUGUAUUUACAAAAAAACUUUUGAUAUCAGUCAAUAGUUAUUAGUUAUUGAUGACAUUUGGUAAUAUAACGAUAUCGGACAGUAGAAACCAACCAGAAAGUUCGGAAAAUUGUCUGAAUCCUCCUUUGGCCACGACUGCCGACACAAGCAAGAAAACAAAGUAAAUACCGGAGACUCUGGAGGAAUAACGGGCGCUUAAAACGGAGGUAGACCGACCUUCCUCAGAUCCUGACUCACCACCUUUAAGUCCUGGUUUAUCCCGCUGCAUUAUCAGUAUCAGGUAUCUUCUGAGCGUGUGCAGACAGGAUCGUCCUCCAUUGUUUUAUUCCACCUUAAUCUGGGAUUGAAGAUUUUCCACAUCAUGUGCUGUGAGCCGUUUCUGCAAACUUCUCUGAUCUGAUCUACCAGCAGCAGGAUCUGAUCUAAACUACAUCUAUACUAGAUUCACUCAGACUGAGAUUAGAAACACAGACGACCUUCAGUCUGACGUCUAAGGGGGUCAAAUCAGCUGGACUGAUGCAGCAUCGAAGGAAACGUGAUUACGUCCAAUCACAGCCCAGCCAGCUGCUCCUGAUUGGUCGGAUGAAUUUCUGGCUUGUUAGAAAUCGUGGUUGACAACAGUCUGCAUGUUUUUGGUGUGAUGUGGGUUAACAGAGCGAACAACACGCCGACUUUACUCACAGAGGAGAGAGAGACAAAGGGCGAACGGACCAAUGAAAUCGCUGCUCUGCUCCUUGUUGUGGCGUUUGUGUUUCUCUGAAAUUACCUCUGAACACAGACGCUCAGCUCUGUAAUCUCACGCCGGAGUAAACGCUGUCAUCCUGGAAACCCCGGCGUGCCAAACGUGGUCAUUUUCCCGGUGGGCGGAGCCGGCGAGCUGCAGGUUGUGUUUGAGGACAGAGGAACAGAGGAGCUUUAUGUCGACCUGACGGAGUAAAACUCUGAUUAGAGGAGCUGAAUGAGUCCAUUCAUGAGCGACCUGUUUAUGUCUGUGUAUGUUAAAGAGGGGGCGGGGCUGAGCGUGUGAGAACCUCGUUAGAGGAACUUAAUUAUCCAUCAGGACUACAACUUUGUUUUCAGUUACACAAACAGCAGGAAAACAGGAAACAGGCGGAUCAUUAUUAUUAUUAUUAUUAUUAUUAUUAUUAUUAUUAUUUUAUUUAAAUAUUGUAAGUGAAGUUUAUUUAUAGAGCGCGUUUCACAGAUAAAAAAAAGAUAAGUACAUAUACAGACAAAUACGAUCACAGUGAAUAUGAGAAUAAGAUAUAAAAGAUAAGAAAAGAGACGCCCGGAAAGUCAGAACAAAAAUUUUCAAAUGAAUACGGAAAUUGACCAUCAGCCAAUGAAGAUUCGAUAAAACAGAAUUUAAAAAGUUCAGUUUUUAACAUGAGUACAAAAGGACAGAGUCAAUAUAAAGAAAUAUAAAUAUAAGUUUAAAAAAGUUAAAGUUGCAGCAAUAAGAUUAAGGAGCGAUUAUCAAAACAGAUCAGGAAUAGACUUUAAUAUUUAGAAGAAGAAGAGAAGAAGACAGUUUUGAUCGUGAAAUCUUGACAUAAAGAGGAUCAUAUUUGUCAUGCAUCAUAAGAGCUUCUUGUCCUUACAGGCCACCAUAGUUCCUCUGGUGUAAGCGGUGAGCAAGGGAGUAUUUCACUCCAAAACCUGCUGAAUAAUGUCCUUUUUUUUCUCUCUGUACUUUAACUUUAAAGUUAAAAAUCGAUCAGUAUAAAUAAUAUAAUAAAGCAUGUCCUCAGAGUCUUGAAGAGUUUAAUUUGACCCUAAAGUGAUGAGAUGAUGAUGGUUUGAUCUUCUCUAAAUGAUCAAUAAUAAACAGACAAACCAUAGAAAACAGUAACAGGACACACUGACAAGAACUGGGACUGAAGAUUUCUGCGGUUUGUUGAUCCUAAUAAUCAAAAAUGUUCUGAGCUGAGUUUAGGGUUACCCCCAAUUUCCACCUUCAUCCUGAUCGUCUCCUAAAAGGUCGUAUCCUCCGAUCGUAGCUGAUCGUAAACAUUCAAGUUAACGUGUCAAUUUACACCGACUUCUUUCCGUUCCUCAAAAGGAUCCAGUAAGAAUUGGCAGAUGAUGAAAAUUGCUGCCGUUCCUGAUCGGCGCCAUUCCUGUUGCGGUGUAAAUUCGUGGUCAGGGUUAGAUUGAGGAGGUUUUUACACAGAUCUGUUCAGGACUCCACACCGUAACAAACACACUCAGGAUCUCCUCCUGUCUCCACGGUGAUGGUCGUGUCCAGGUGUGUUUAUCAUACCUGUGGUUGGUGAAAAUCAUGCCUGUCUAUCAGAGUCAGUCAUACUAAGAUGAGGAUCUGCUCCGUGUUUAGUCUGCAGAGGUCGUCUAAAGUGGUUUCUAUCCUGAGAUGUUAAAGACAUUCUCCUCAGCGUACAUCUGUUUUUCUGUGCUGUAAUCUUCAUGUGCCCGUCCUCCUCCUCCUCCUCCUCCUCCUCCUCCUCCUCCUCUCAAAGUGGGUCAGAUUCUUCAGUUACUCAACAGAGGAAAUGGGCAACACAUGUGUCCGUCAUCAGCGGCUGGAAACAGACAGGCGCUUGUCAUGUUCGACGGAGUGUGGCGUUGAUUAUAGCGGCGUCCUAACAUCGCGGCUGCUUCAUGUCUCAGACUUUCUCUCACAUCUGGGACUGAAGUAGGUCAGUAGGACGACAUGCAGCAGGCCAGCACAUGGUUCACGGAGGGUCGGCCAAUGAGCAAACAGCGCGGCUGAGGGCCGGAGCCAAAGAGUCUUCAGAAGUUCCUCGCCGCGCUGACUGCAGAGACUGUUCCAGGACUGAAACCAAACAUCAGAGAAAGGCGGUUUCUCCUCAGCUCACCUUCACCGCAGAAACUGUAAAAGUGCUGACACCGUCAAUCUGACUCUACAGGCGAGUAAACACGGAGGGGCGGAUUUUACACCUGUGCAAACACGACAAAAGACGGCGUCUAAUCCACGAAGAGCACGCACACGGAUGAACGCUGAGGAGUCUGGAGAGACUCUGAAGGUCUUUAAACGAUGAGUUUCAUAAUUAUUUUGGCUCCUUUUAAUGAAAAUAAACCUCAUAAUAAAAAACAUGUUCUUCAUAAACACAUUAAAGUGAGAUCUUCUCCGUACGCUGAGAGCUGGAGGUCACAGUUUCCAAAGAUCCACCUCGACAUGACCCGAUCAUGAUUCAUUAUUGAUGAUGUUUCAUGAACUUUCUGUUAAUAUACAAUAAUCAAAGCUUCAGUUUCCACAGCUCCUCCUCAGAACAUACAGGCAGCUUUUCCACAUAUGUGGAGACAAUCUGGGUCAGAACCAGGACCAGGAAGACCGUUUAUGAGCUGUCCUCGCUGCCGUGCUCUGGGGAGGACGUUUUAUCGUAAACCGUGAUCACAUCUGAGAUCUCGAUCACAUCCAACAUGGACGCUGAAGAAGUCUCCUCUUCAGUCAGACUGUCGCUUACAGGGACGCCAAGUUUAGAAAAUGACAGGAGGGAGACUUUAGCGUUACGACGUGUUCGCCUUUUUUAACGUCGAUUUAUACCUGAAGACCGACGACCUCACCUCCACGUCAUCUCCAUGAGAUUAGGAGGUGAUAUGAGGAGUCUGAGCGCUUCUGUUCAGGUUGGUUUAGCUCCUCUUCAGAGGGUCGGCACCAUUAGCUGACUUUCUCUGAGUGAAUAUUUAAGUACAUCUGUCUGAAGAACGUUUGGACCCUUUAAAACCUUUUAGAAAACACGACUUUUGUCUGAGAGGUUCAGUUUAGUUUGUUUUUUUGUUUCUUUAUUCUCUGAAUAAAGACUUUAAAAGUUCGUCACAGAAGAAAGUUUUUCCUCGGCCUGACAAAGUUUCUGUUCAAAGUCCAAAAACAGACAAUAAGACAUGAACCGAAGUGACAGACAGACAAGACUUUAACAACCCGGAGCGUAGGCAGGACUCGUCUGUUCUUCACCAUUAAAGGAGGAUUUUUGAGGGCAGACAUGAACUCAGUUUUUACGCUCAUGUCUCCAAAUCCUCCUCCUGAGGAUUAGCUAAGAGAGUUCAUACCAUCCUAAUGGAUCUUAUGAAACCAAUUACAAAAUGAACCAUAACUGGAUUUAGAGCAAACAUCAGGGUGAGGAGCAGUCAGCGGGUUUUCAGGAGGGUUAUCUGAACAGGUCAGGACUCGUCUGCUCUCUUCACCUUCAGGAACGACUCCGACUUCAGUGUUUGUGUGUUUUUACAAUCACAGUCAGACAGACAGACAGACACGCUCUGGAGAGACUGCAGUCAGAGGGAUGGAAAGAUCAUAAUUAUGAGUCCAGGUCUGCAGACGUCCAACAACGCAGCAAAUAAAAUUCACAAGAUGAUCCGGCUCCGUCUUUUCUGGAUGUUAUUACCGCUGAAUCAAACCGUAAUCAAACAGAAAAUAAACCCGAACUUUUUUGUGACAAACUCACAGCAGCUGGGACUUUUCACCAAACCCUGCAGCAGCUCUCCGUGUUUCAGAGAGUUUGAGUGAAAAGUCGGUCAGUCUGUGGAAACGAGUUUUUGAUUUGUGGACGGAGAGAAGUCUGGUCCAGACCCGGAGCUGAGUCAGCGCUCCACUCAGGAAAUCCACGUCUGUCUCCAACAGCUUAGAGGAAACAAACUGCUGUUUACCUUUGAGUGUGUGUGUGUGUGUGUGUGUGUGUGUGUGUGUGUGUGUGUGUGUGUGUGUGUGUGUCCUGCCAUCUGCCCACCAUGCUGGUGUUUCCUCUGUUUUCACCAUAUUAGUCGAAUUCUUGAUGCGUCUGAAAACCUGGAAGGAUGUUUUUUAUGUCUCUAAACACUGACUGCAGCUUUACUUCUCAUCUCCUCAUGUUCUCAUCUCCUCAUGUUCUCAUCUCCUCAUGUUCUCAUCUCCUCAUCUCCUCAUGUUCUCACCUUCUCAUCUCCUCAUCUCCUCAUGUUCUCAUCUCCUCAUCUCCUCAUGUUCUCAUCUCCUCAUCUCAUGUUCUCACCUUCUCAUCUCCUCAUCUCCUCAUCUCCUCAUGUUCUCAUCUCCUCAUCUCCUCAUGUUCUCAUCUCCUCAUCUCCUCAUGUUCUCAUCUCCUCAUGUUCUCAUCUCCUCAUCUCCUCAUGUUCUCAUCUCCUCGUCUCCUCAUCUCCUCAUGUUCUCAUCUCCUCAUCUUCUCAUCUCCUCAUGUUCUCAUCUCAUCUCCUCAUGUUCUCAUCUCCUCAUGUUCUCAUCUCCUCAUCUUCUCAUCUCCUCAUCUCCUCAUGUCCUCAUCUCCUCAUCUUCUCAUCUUCUCAUCUCCUCAUGUUCUCAUCUCAUCUCCUUAUGUUCUCAUCUCAUCUCCUCAUGUUCUCAUCUCCUCAUGUUCUCAUCUCCUCAUCUCCUCAUCUUCUCAUCUCCUCAUCUCCUCAUCUUCUCAUCUCCUCAUCUCCUCAUCUUCUCAUCUCCUCAUCACCUCAUCUCCUCAUCUCCUCAUGUUCUCAUCUCCUCAUCUCCUCAUCUCCUCAUGUUCUCAUCUCCUCAUCUCCUCAUGUUCUCAUCUCCUCAUCUCCUCAUCUUCUCAUCUCCUCAUCUCCUCAUGUUCUCAUCUCCUCAUGUUCUCAUCUUCUCAUCUCCUCAUGUUCUCAUCUCCUCAUGUUCUCAUCUCCUCAUCUCCUCAUGUUCUCAUCUCCUCAUGUUCUCAUCUCCUCAUCUCCUCAUCUUCUCAUCUCCUCAUCUCCUCAUGUUCUCAUCUCCUCAUGUUCUCAUCUUCUCAUCUCCUCACCUUCUCAUCUUCUCAUCUCCUCAUCACCUCAUCUCCUCAUCUCCUCAUCUCCUCAUCACUCUCAUUGAUGUUUCUGACAGUGUUGUGAUUUCCUUCUCCUCCAGCUGAACUCGAUGAUAAGGCGGUUGAAGGCGGCGUCCUUUCUCAUCGUGUUUCUCGUUUUCUCUCCCCGUGUUUUUCGUCUUCAGAUGAAACUUCCUGUCCUUUUGCUCGGCCGCUCCGCCGACCUUCGACCCGGUGAGUUUGUGGUCGCCAUCGGCAGCCCGUUCUCCCUGCAGAACACCGUCACCACCGGCAUCGUCAGCACCACCCAGAGAGGAGGGAAGGAGCUCGGCCUCCGCAACUCCGACAUGGACUACAUCCAGACGGACGCCAUCAUCAACGUGAGCGAAAGACUCUUUUAUUUCAGAGCAGUAUGAAUAAAAGAAAGAGAGACGAUAUUUGGUUUAAAAGUAAAUUAAAUUCAGUUUUUUAUCAGGUCAGUGAGACUUAGAUGACACCACCUUUUUCUUUCUUUUCUCAUUUUUGUUUCUUUCUUGUUUUUCUCGCAGUACGGCAACUCAGGAGGACCACUCGUCAAUCUGGUGAGUGAAACCAAAGCUGCAGAUAAACGUCUGAUGAGUUUGUCUGGAGAUCUUUUUAUUCUACGAGUUUCUAAAUCAGGAGUCUGCUUUUUAUUUUAUUUAGAUUUUAUUUAGAAACUUAUUUAAGUCUUUUCUCCUGGAGCUGAAUCAUAAAUAUCCUGUUUCCACCUUUUUUACAUCAUAGUAGGAACACUGUGUAUAUGAACAUGAAAACAACCAACAUAACAAGAUGUGGUUUACAUUAAUGAUCCUUUUAAAUCUAUAUUCUCCCCAUCAAAGACGGCGAGCAGACUCUAGUUAAUCUAACGUCUACGUCACCUCUCUCCGUCCUUCAAACACCGUCUCUUAUUACCGGCCCACGUCCAAACAGAGACACGUAACCUCGUAUAAACACGCAGGCCACCUCAUAAACUCCUUAUUAGGAAGAGCGGAUAAAACGUUUGAGUAAUAGUUGGCAGGAAGUCUUGGUCCACAGCUGACUCUGAUUAUAUGUUUGUUUUUAGACGCCCGUGUUACAGAACCAAAACAGCGCCGGGUCCAAACGGCGUUUUCACGAGCAGCAGGAGGACAUUCAAACGUUAUUAUGGGGUGUGUGGGAUAUUAAUAUGACCCCUGUGUGUGUGUGUGUGUGUGUGCGUGCGUGUGUGUGUGUGUGUUUCAGGAUGGAGAGGUGAUAGGAAUCAACACUCUGAAGGUCACGGCUGGAAUCUCCUUCGCCAUCCCGUCAGACAAGAUCAGACAGUUUCUGGCAGAGUCACAUGACCGACAGGCCAAAGGUCAGCAGGACUUCACUCUUUAGUUUCUGACGAUUUAUCACAAAAAUCAGGUCGGAGUUCGAGACGGGAGAGAUACGAACAUGAACUGUAAAUGUUUUAGCGUCAAACUCACAGAAAACGGAGUUUUCUUUUUAUGAAAAUUAUCAUUUUUUGAUCACCUUCAGAGCUCCAGCGACUCUGAGUAGAAAAUGUCUUUAUAUAUUUAUUUCCAGUAUUUGAUGCAUAAAGAUGUCCUGCUGUUUUAUGUGGGAUAGGUUGGAGAACUUAACCGUGACUCCUCUAAAGUAAAGAGUCAAAGAGGUCUGAAAGUGCGGCCUGUUUCAGCAGCUCGUAAAAACAGUCGUUUCACUCCGGAGAGUCUGAUCCAGCUUCUCCUGCUGAGCCAAAGACGAAUGAAAACCGUGUGUUUGUUUUAUUUCCUCUCCAUGAUUGGAGGUUUUUACCUGCUGCUGUAAACUCUCCUCACACCAGGCCUGACGCUGCUUUACUGAGAAAACCGUCACAUGACAGGAGCGAACGAAGACGACGAUUAUCUUUACGAUUUCAAGGUUAAUGACGAGUCAAACCGACGCAGAGUACCGUAAAAUCUGGAAUAGAAGUCGCACCGUUUUUAUUCAUCAAUGUUCAGUUUCCAUGCAGCUGUGCAGCUCUUUAAACUUGUCAGGUGACUUCCUGUCCAACAGUCGAGCUCAGGUCUUUGUCCUUUGUCCUUCAGGUAAAACCCUCCAGAAGAAGAAGUACAUCGGCGUGAGGAUGAUGAGCCUCACUCCAUCGUAAGUUUCUCUAAAAGUUUGUCCUUUUAUGAGUCAAAUUUUUCUUAAUCUGGACUUCGUACACAAUUCGAUUGUUGACUGAAUCCGAGUCCUGACCCUUGUCUUACUUUGUUAAAGCGGUUUACCUGUCCAGCAGAAAGGUUACAGGGUCACCAAGAUCCCCAAGCGUCCCCCAUGGUUUAUGUUGACCCGGCUUCUUAGCUCUUGUCAGGUCUACCUCCGUUUUAAGCGCCCGUUAUUCCUCCAGAGUCUCCGGUAUUUACUUUGUUUUCUUGCUUGUGUCGGCAGUCGUGGCCAAAGGAGGAUUCAGACAAUUUUCCGAACUUUCUGGUUGGUUUCUACUGUCCGAUAUUGUAGCACGCUAACUUUGUUUGGGCUCCUGAACGACACGGGGGAGCAGCGUCUGCCUCACAACCAAUCAGGUUGGAGGAAGUUUGCGUUUCUCUACUUCUCGACUCUACGUUUGAUCAGAUUUUGGUGCCCCGUGUGAGGCUCUCCGCUGGUUUAACCCUGUGUAUGCUGAAGUUUAGUUUCAUGCACAAAAAAAACAUCUUAUUCUGAUCAAACGUCUCAAAGAGCGGACCGCUCAAAAAUGUUCAAAUGUUGACGACACAGACAUAAGAGAACACACAGAUAUCGAUAUAUUACCAAAUAAUCAAUAACUAAUAACUAUUGACUGAUAUUAGAAGAUUUUUUGUAUAAAAACCACAAAAUAAAAAGAUGUUUCUUUAACAGAUUCCUGUCGACUCCACCUUUAAGUUUAACCCACAUCCUGCUGCUCCUCACAGCUACACCCGAGAUCUUCUGCAGAGUGGGUCACGUCCCAAAUCACUGAACGAGUUUCACUCGAUGAUGCCACAUUCAGUCCAAACGGUUUAUUACGACAGUCAUGAGCUGAUCUCCUGACCUGCAGCCAGGUCAUGAUUGUACCGUCCCCUCAGCGUCGAGAAGCUUCAGCAGAAAUCUGUUGUAGAUGAAGUUUGAAGCUGAAGUGUCUCCUCUCAUGAGAUCUUCGUUCCUUCAGAGCGGAUUAAAGUCAGACUGAUGUGCUGCAGACAGUCGGUGUUCAACCUCAUGUUCUGGCUCUGCUCUCGUCUCAGGCUGGCUAAGGAGCUGAAGGAGAGGCAGUCAGACUUCCCAGAUGUCACCUCGGGGGCGUAUGUCAUCGAGGUCAUCAGCCGGACUCCAGCUGAGGCGUGAGUCUCUCCUCCAUCACUUCUUUUUCCUGCAACAUCUGCCCAACAUGUCAAAGCUCAGGGCUGCGCCUCUUUAAUGAGGUGACGCUGAUUCCUAACAGUAUCUGAGCUCGUCUUUAUGGGCGGAGGAGGAGGAGCUUAUUUCAGGCCUGGAACGUUUCAUGGCGUCCACAUGAAAGCGAACCGCAGCUUCCCACCUGAGCAAACAGCUGUCAGAGUUUGUUUUCCUGUUGUCUGGCGGGUUUGUGCAGAACAGCGGCGGCAGGUUUCAGGAUGAGGAUGUGAUGGUACUGAAAGGACGUUUAUUAGAAAAGGUCACCGCUGGUUUUGGAGCGCUGACAGGAUCAUGACGGUUUCCCACCCAGAGAGUCCGACUCCCUUUGGCGGGGCGGACUGACUCCUCCAGUCCUUCAGAUAGAUUUGUUUUUGAAAAACUGUAAAACUUUAUUUAAGGAGGAUUCAGAAAACCGUUAAAUUUAUUGAUUGAAUAAAAACUGGAAUUCAAUCAGGAUCACGUCCUUCAGGAGUCCGACUUUCAGGUUUAGUCAUGAAUCUUUUCCACUGUGAGCAGGAUGGAAAGAAAAACCUCAAGUUUGUCGUUGUGGACAGCUGUGACUGAUUUUAACUUUGGACAAAACAGAAAAACUUUAUAAAGAGUCAGCAGACACUUUAAAGCUCCUAUAAGAAGUUUUUAACCCUUUAGUUUCUGUUCAUUUAAAACUCCAUCCAGACGACUUUGUCUCCAAAAACAGACGAGCAGAUAAAUGUUCAUAAAAUUAUCAUUUUUUAACUUUUUUAAAAAACUUUUUUUAGACUCAGAUCUCUUAAACAACUUCAACCCUGACCAUUAAAUAAGUAAUAGAUACAAAACUGGAUGUUACACCCUUUUUAUGACAGUUUUUGUGCAACAUGUCACUGUUAUUUUUAAUGGUAAAAACACACAAAAUCUCCAUAUUUCCCACAUAAAAUGACCUAGAUGAUUUUUUUAAAUUUAAGAGUCUGGGCCAUGUCAAUGUUGAGAAGUCAAACUGAUUUUGAUGCUUUUAAAUUCUUUUUGUGGUGCCAAUUUUUUGUGUUUUAGCUCCAUCAGCCGAUUUUGUCCCCGAAACAGACACGUAGAUAAGAGUUCAUAAAAUAAUCAUUUUUAACUUUUUUUUUAAACUUUUAACAACUUAAACAACUUCAGCCCUGACCAUUAAAAAAGUAAUGAUUAAAAGAUUCAAUGUUUUUCCCUUUUUAUUCCAGUUUUUGUUCACCAUGUCAUAUUUAUUGAUAUAGCAUGCCUUUUAAACACGACAUUUUCACCUCCUCUUCUCGAACCUCGUCCUCGACCAAAUCAAAUACGAUUAAAUUCAUUUGUUCAUAAUAAAUUAAUUUUAUAUAUAGUCAUAUAAAAUCAGCAGAUAUCUGUAUGAUAUGAAUCAUGUAUGAUAUCAUCAUCAGUGUUUAUCCUCCUCUAACCAAAAUAUGACCGUGAUGCAGAUUCUCACCCGUGCACACAUGCAGGAGCACACAGACUUCUCCUUCCACACAUGUCCCACUCUGAGACAUCCAUAUCUAGAGUCAUGUAAAGUUUCCUUCAUUUCUGAGGAUGUUUAGAUGAUGUUUAAAAAAGGUCGUAAUAUAUUUUUUCCUUUUUCCCGCUAACAGAGCCGGCCUAAAGGAGAGCGACGUCAUCAUCAGUAUUAACGGCGAGCGGGUCACCUCAGCCAGCGAUGUCAGCGUCGCCAUAAAGCGGGACGAGCAGCUGCGGACGGUGGUGAGGCGAGGAAACGAGGACGUCAUGCUCACCAUCGUCCCCGAGGAGAUCGAACCUUGACGUCCGACCGGUCGACCAAUCCAGAGCUGGCUCUCAGUGUUUUUCAACCAAUCAUGAACACUCUGAAAAACAAAGCAACCAAUUAGGGUUGUGUGUGUGAGUCUGGGGCCGCACCACCUUUUAAGAACUUCAGAUUUUAAGCACUACUAGUCCUCCACCCUCAGAGUCCACCUUCUUCUCCACCCUGGGAACUACAUCCUCAGCCCUCCUGUCAUGGUAGACGUAGUUCUUCCUCUAAUCCAGUUUCCUUCAGAUCAUCGCCGAUCUUUAUAAUCGACUAACACCCUCUGUCACAGCCAAGCGGUCUCUUCAGGUUACCCUAGAUCUGUUUCUGUGUUUUCAAUGGAAUAUUUUUAUAGUAUUUUUGUCUGUUUGUGUGGAUGACCAUUUUUCAAAAAAAGGGAAUAAAAUUAUUUGUAUAAA